ACUCCGAUAUUUUAGUGGCCAACAAUCUCCAGAAUGGGGAAAAAAUCGCAUAAAAAGGAACACAAAAAAUCGACUCACAAAAAAAAAAAACAUAGAUCUUCGUCAUCCAGUAGUUCAUCAUCAAACGAUGAUCAAUGGGUUGAAAAACAGCAAAAAGAUUCAUCUACUUCCACGUCAUGUAUUGCACCAAGAGAGGAACCUGAUAAUUGGAUGGAUUUUGUGUGUAGCACAUCUUCAGAAAUUGAAAAGAAAAUCAGCACAAAGAGCAAAGAACUAGAAGAAGCUAAAGCUAGAAUGAUUAAGCCAGGUCAAUCAGAACGAGAACUAAAUCCAUAUUGGAAAAAUGGAGGAACUGGUCUUCCACCACCAAAGCCAUUAAGUGGCCAUAAAGGUUUCCUCAAGCCUAAAGUAGAUGAUGAUGAUCAUCAUCUUCAUCACCAUAAAAGCUACCAGAAUACUAAUUAUUCAAAAACUUCUCAUGGUCGUCAAUCUUGGAAAAAACACGAUCGCAGAGAUAAUGUUAAUGAUGGUAAAUAUACUACUUUAAAACAAGAUAAUGAAGAAAGAUAUAAACGGCAUAGAGAAUUUGAUGAAAAAAUAGAAGAAAGAGGUAAGCAACAUAGAGAAUUAAAUGAGAGAAAAGAAGAAAGAGAUAAACGCCAUAGAGAUUAUGAUGAUAGGAAAAGGCAACAUAAAGAAUAUAGUAAUGAAAGCAAAGGAGAAAGAAAUAAACGCUACAGAGAACAUGAAGAUGAUAGAAAAAGUACCAAUGAUAAAUAUUCUAAAGAAUAUGACCAUAAAAAAGAUAGAAAAAAUAAACAUGACAAAGACUCUGACAACGAAGAAAAAUACACAUCAGAUGAAGAAAAGACACUGACAAAAAAAUAUUCAGACAAUAAUGACAAAACUAAAGAAAGUGAUGAAACCCCUUUAACUGAAUCUGAAUUAAAUUUACUAGCUGCAAAACAAAUUAAAGCAGAAAUUAUGGGAAAUAAAAAACUGGCCGAAGAACUUAAGCAAAAAUUAGAAUUAGCACGAGAACAUACUUCAAAACAGAAUUAUACCACAAACAAAACAAAACAAAAAGACGAUUUUGUAUUACUUACUAGGACCUCAUCUAAAGGUUAUAGUUAUCCUGUUAAACAAGCACAAAUUGAUAAAAAUGAUGGUAAGAAGAAAAAACGAGAAAAAGUAUUGACACAUGAAGAUGGUAAAAGAGUAAGAUACUUUGAUGAUGAUGAUAAAUAUUCAUUAAAAUCUAUGUUUGAAAAAGAAAUGACUAGUACUGCAGAGGAUAGUAAUAUGGAGUUUGUAAAUCUAUCGAGGAAGGUUAAUGCUAGGGAUGAUGAAGAUGAUGUAUUUGUAGAUCGUGCAUCAGAAAAACGGUCUGCUAAGGCAUCCGAGAGGGAAAUUAAGAGAGCUAUUGGGGAGCACAAACGUACAGAAAAAAUUUUAAACUCUUGUCGUUACUGCUUUGAUAGUGAAGAAAUGUUAAAACAYUUAUUUAUCGCUAAAGGAGAAAAGUGUUAUCUGUGCUUGCCAUCUUACAAAUCUUUGACAGAAGGGCACUGUUUAAUUGUACCUAUAUAUCAUUAUGCGUGUGCAACUGAUAUUGACGAAGAUGUUUGGACUGAAAUGCAGGUAUUUCGAAAAGUAUUGACUACCAUGUUUAAAGAUCAAGAUGAAGAUGUUAUAUUUUUUGAAAGUGCAAUGCGACUAAACAAUAUGCCUCAUAUGACAUGGAACUGUGUGCCUGUUCCAAUUGAAAUUGGCGACACUGCUCCUAUUUAUUUCAAAAAGGCCAUCUUAGAAUGUGAGACUGAAUGGGCUAUCAAUGUAAAAGUUGUGGACUUGAGUAGUAAAGAUGUACGUAGAGCUGUUCCCAAAAGUUUACCCUAUUUCGCUGUUGAUUUUGGAAUGCAAGGAGGAUAUGCUCAUGUCAUUGAAGAUGAAAAAAUUUUUCCUAACAAUUUUGCUGAGGAARUUAUUGGAGGAAUGUUGGAUUUGGAUCACAAUGCAUGGCGAAAAAGGCAAAAAGAACCAAUUGAAGAGCAGUUGCAGAAAACUACAAAAUUUUUAGAAAUAUGGAAAAAUUAUAAUUUUACCAAGACCUAAUGUUUGUAUUAUAAAUUUGUGAGAAUAAAUUGGAAAGUAGUCAAAAAAAUUAAUACACAUUAUAUU